CAUCACUCAUCACUCAUCCACCAGCUGUCUUUUCCAAAUAUCAUAAAUUUUAUAUACCCAAAAAAAAAUGACUUGGAAGAAAAUGCAGAGAGAACACUCAGACACAACACAGCAGAGCCAGCAAGCAAACUCCAACAAAGUUCCCAACCCCAAUCCCCUUUGAAAGCAAAAGGGUGGCUAGCUUUUGCUCCUCAUGCCCCGCGAUGAUAGACACUUUGUCUAGCUAGAUAGCACCCUUUUAUCUACCAUCACACCGUUCUUCUUCUUCUUCUUCUCUUUCUCUUGCCCGUGUGUGUGAGAAGAAACCCAACCUUGUAGCUCUUCCUUUAUCAAUCAUUAAUAUUAAGGAAUAUGGAUCUGUGACUGAUGUAGCUUCAAAUUAAGGGGCUAAUCGAGGUGUUCAGAUCAAGACACGCAAACAAGACGAAAAGAAAAGAAGCAGGUUUGUUUUUUCUCGUACGGUUAUACGAGAAAGAGAAUUUUGUUUGAGUGGAUAUGGCAACGUACUUUCAUGGCAGCACUUCAGAAACCCCUUCCUCCGCUGAAGGGUUGCAGACACUUUACCUUAUGAAUCCAAACUACGUAGUACCGUACUCUGACGCGGCACAACACCCAACGCAAAACAUGCUCCUCGUCAAUCCCAACAAUAACACUAGUAACACUAGUUCCACUUCCACCAACGCGCUCCACCUUGGUAACUUCUCCCACGCGCCGCCACCUCCUUCUCCCAACAACAACCGUGAACACCAUCAUCAUCACCUGACUGGGGUUACCAUUCCCUCUUCAAACUUCCUCCUAUCCAACGCCGCCGCCGACCCUGCUCGAUCGUCGUUCCUCGGGCAACAUGAAUUCUCCGGUUUCCACAGUAGUGCUGCCGCCACCACAAGCACGGCGGCGGCAUCUCGUGGUAACAACUAUAACCUAUGGGGUUCCAUAUUUGAUCAGUCUGCGUCGAAUAUCAUGACAUCAACUACACACACCCCAUCUAGUAACAUGGGGUGUGUCAUCGGUCAUUCGACGCAGAUUGGUUUCCACAGGCCUAAUCAUUUGUCAUUGAGCCUUUCUUCACAACAAACACCAUAUAGUUCUCUCUCGGGGGAGACUCAUGCUAUUUCUCUGGCGAACCGAGGCGGCGGCGGCGAUGAUAUGAGGGGUAUGCACAAUGGAGUUUCUAGCAUGCAUAGUGUUUCUUUGGGUUCUAAGUAUUUGAAAGCAACACAGGAGCUUCUUGAUGAAGUUGUGAAUGUGGGCAAGGGAAUCUUCAAAGGGGAGGAAUCUAUGGAAGGGGAUAAGAAAGAGAAGAUGAAAGGGAAUAUUGAAUCCACUUCUUGGGUUGGUGAUGGUUCGAGCUGUGGAGGAGGGGAGAAUAAUAAUAAUAAUGAUGGAGGCAAACAAGGAGUUGAACUCAGCACAGCACAGAGACAAGAGCUUCAGAUGAAGAAGUCAAAACUUGUGACCAUGCUAGAUGAGGUGGAGCAAAGGUACCGACAGUAUCACCACCAAAUGCAAAUUGUGAUAACAUCAUUUGAGCAAGCAGCGGGUGUUGGAGCUGCAAAGUCUUACACAGCCCUUGCGUUAAAGACAAUCUCAAAGCAAUUUCGGUGUCUCAAAGAUGCAAUCUCUUCACAAAUAAAGACCACGAGCAAAACCUUAGGUGAAGAUGAUUGCUUGGGAGUUAAGGUAGAAGGUUCGAGGCUUAGGUAUGUUGAUCAUCAACUGAGACAACAACGUGCAUUACAACAGCUUGGAAUGAUCCAACACAAUGCUUGGAGGCCCCAAAGAGGCUUGCCUGAACGUGCUGUUUCUGUUCUUCGAGCUUGGCUUUUUGAACAUUUCUUGCACCCUUAUCCUAAGGACUCCGAUAAGGUUAUGCUUGCAAAACAAACUGGACUUACUCGGAGCCAGGUGUCUAACUGGUUUAUAAAUGCCCGAGUUCGGCUAUGGAAGCCAAUGGUAGAAGAAAUGUACUUGGAAGAGGUAAAACAAGAACCAAACAAUAGCUCUCAGGAUAACACCACAAAAAGAUCAAAAGAAUCAAGCAAGGAGUUAUGGUCAGAAGCUAAUGCUACUGCACAGGAAUCUGGUGCAAUGAGACUUGAUCACAUUAACAUUCUCCAAUCAAAAGCAGAAAGCUUCAACAACAACAACAACAACCAAACCACUUCCCCAACAGAGAUCUCUAAUAAUUCCCAUAAUUCACUCCAAUCAGCUGGUUUCCAUCUUGCUGACAUGCAAAGCCCAAACAAGCCAAUUAGAAGCACUUCUGAAAUGCAGAACUCUCCAGGUAGCAUUCUUUCAGUGGACAUGGAAAUGAAGCCUCGUCAUCAUGGAGAGACAAAUAAUAAUACUAUUAUUACUAGAGAAGGCAACAACAACACAACAAAGUUUGGCAUUGAAAGCCAUGGUGGUGGUGGUGGUGGUUUUGGAGCAUUUCCCAAUAUGGAAGACAUUGGAAGGUUCCAUCAUCAUCAUCAUCAUCAUCAUCAUGUCACUGAUCAGCAAUCACUGGCUCCUAGGUUUCAUGGAAAUGGUGUUUCUCUCACUCUUGGACUUCCACACAGCACUGAGAAUAAUAAUAACCUUUCCCUCUCAGGAACUACUCAUCAACAUGGAUUCCUCUCACAGAACAUGCACUUGGGAAUGAGAUCAACAACCAAUAAUGCGAAUAAUGAGUUUUGUGGUGCCAUCAACACUACUCCACCUUCUAAUUCUCACUCAGGCACCAGUUAUGAGAGCAUUGACAUUAUUCAAAACAGAAAGAGAUUUGCUGCGCAGUUGUUGCGGGAUUUCGUGGCCUAAAAGAAUUGAUAAUUAACUAGCUAGCAAGGGUAAUUAAUCAAUGAAGAUACCCCAUGAAGGAAUUGUUUUUUAUUUUAUUUUUUAUGUUGCAAUAUAUCCACAAAACACAAUGCAGUUCAGAGUGUUAACUUAGCAGAAAAAUAGCAACAGGAGAGAACAAAAAGGAAAAAGAAAAGAAAUGGACAAGAAUGUGUGAUAACUUGCUCCAUGUAUAAAGAUGGAAACUGGUUUAAGAUUAUGAACUUGCAGAAAUUCAGAUUUACAUGUUCUGAAGUAGUUUAAUUCGAGGAUUCAAGUUGAGUUGGGGAAGGUGUAUUUUUAUAUAUGGUAUUGGAAAGUACAGCUAGCUAGGUACAUACAAAGAUUUGAAUGAUUUGUUUGGAUAGGUAAUAUAUAUAUUGGAUUUCAAGUUAUGCCUUAA